UGCCGUACGACGUGGAACGUCGUCGACGACGUUAAGGCCGACCGUCGCCGCGUCAAUAUCGGUCUUUCUUGUCGCCUAGGCCGUUCGGUUACAAAAUCGCAAUCGGUAACUGUUAUGUGACCAGAUGCUUGAUUCUCCGUGUUCACUGUAAUUUGGUUGCAUGAGGUCACCGAAAAAAGAACCCAAGUUGAAGCAGGUGCAUACCAUAGUUGUGAUUAAUAAGAUGACCUUAAACCCCUAAUUAAAGUAAAUGUGCGAACGUAAGCUGACACAACGUUUGUUAUUGGGUGAAGUGAGUUCAGAUCCAGUGCUCCACCUUCCCCUCCACGGAACAAAUAGUUAAUAGAUUUGAGCAAACAAACGAGGGCAAGCCAAUUUACAAUGAGAACGGAGAUGACAGGCUCAGGUGAAGUGUUUUUGGGGAGCAAUUACUACGAAGACGGUGAAACCGUAAAAACAGCAGCCAUCCAAGGAAAAACAGUCUGUGCUCACAUUGCGAGAGGGGGUAAAAAGUGAAUAAGUUUAGUGAAGUUGAAAAUCAAAUGUUACAUAAAGUGCUGGUACCGAUCCGUACCAAUCCGUCGGCCCGCCGUUGUCGCUGAUCGAUUCCCUGAGUGGUGUUUUUAAGAGCACGCACCGUCCAUCGCUGGUUAACGGUGGUCGGAAGCUACAGAAAAACAAAAUUGUACUGGAAAAGCAUAACAGGCCCAUUUCGGCUGCUACGAGUGUUUUAGUUUUGUUUCUCCUUGUCUGUGUUUAAUGCCGUCGUCUUUUCAGCAGGCAACUGUGAGAGAAGUUGUGAAUAGUUAGCUGUCUGACGAUAUAAUCAUCACUAUCGGAGAGUAGAUGAGACAGCAGGGCAGCAAAUGUAUGUGUGCAAUUAUUACAAGUCACCUUUACCUACUUAAAUGCGGUCGAACAACUACCGCCAGCAACGAGAUCGAACCCAACAGUUGAACCACGUUCAACAACAGAUCAGCUGCUACGAGAUAGGAUUCGCAUUCGUCCACUGGCACUCCUAAUGGAAGGGCGUUUGGUGCCACGGUUCGUUCCACCAUUCGAGCACUGGCUGUGGGUACCACCAAUCAAAUCGAGGCCACCGUGCCUCAUCACUGAUCAGGGUGACCGCCACCAACGGUUGUGUCCCAGGGAAAACCCGGAAGUCGACCAUUUAGUUCCGUUCCAGUGCACUCGAUAAAAGUGAGCUGUCGACACUUUUUUUUUCUUGUCCCCCAGUGUGCGAUCAAGAUUGAGUGAACUUGAAAUAGCCUAAAACUUCGCCGGAAAACCGUACCUUUCGCAAUCUCUAGUGCCACAUAGAAAAUAGAAGCGAGUGCGGGAAAAAUGAAGAGGAAAAAAUACGCUCGUUGCCAAAGUGUGUUGUGUUCCGCAGCCAUGUGUACCUAGUGAGUAAGAUUAUGCUGCCACCGUUUUAAUUAGGAUGAAAAUAAAGAGAAUGUCUGAAGUGGAAAAACAGCAGUUUUGAUAUAUGAAAAAAUAUUAGUUACUUUUGUUGUGGUUUAUCAUUUCGGUGAAGAGUGAUGUGAAAUAAAGUGAAUCAAUAUCAAAAUUACACAAAAAAAGAACCUGUUCGUCCCUCAAGUGUCUUUACAAGUGUCCUUCACUUUACGAAUAAGUUUAUAUUUACCAGGCAAAAAAUUAUGUAGUUAGUGUUUUAGUAAAUACAUAACAGUAGCGAGAAAACCGGGGCCAAAUUUCACCGCAAAUUAGCAAACAAGCCACAACAGAAUCGAAACAGAAAAACAAACAGUGAUUCUAGAUUAAGUAACUGAGAAGAUAAACAUCACUGAAGAUAAUUACACUCGAGGAACGUCGAUUGCCGUGAUCAUUCUCAUUAGUACCCAGCGAUAUAACAAAAUAAAACGGAUAGUAGAAGUAGCCGUCUUCACGGAGACGUGGCGAGGAAAAACACCGAGUUACACGUCCCUCGGCUCCAUGGCCACCAUGGGCAAGAACAACAAGACAACUGAUAAACAACAAAAUGAACGUAGGAUACGAGCCAACGAUAGAGAGUAUAAUACACAAUUCAAAUACGCGAGUAACUACAUCAAAACGUCCAAAUAUACCGUUCUAACGUUUCUGCCUUUGAAUCUGCUGGAGCAGUUUCAGCGUCUUGCCAAUUUUUAUUUUUUAUGCCUGCUGAUCCUACAGCUGAUACCGGCGAUCUCUUCGCUGACUCCGGUCACGACCGCCAUCCCACUCAUCGGGGUGCUCAUGCUGACGGCCGUCAAGGAUGCAUACGAUGAUUUUCAACGCCAUAUGUCCGACUCCCAGGUCAACAAUCGCCGCUCGAAAACACUUCGCCACGGGAAGCUCGUGGAUGAGAAGUGGUCCGGUGUGCAGGUCGGCGAUAUUAUCCGAAUGGAUAACGACCAGUUUGUGGCGGCGGAUAUUCUGCUACUGUCAUCGAGCGAACCCAACGGGCUGUGCUUCAUUGAAACGGCUGAGCUGGACGGAGAAACGAACCUCAAGUGCAAACAGUGCCUCGUGGAAACGGCGGUCAUGGGUGAACAGGAGGAUCUGCUGUGGAAGUUCAACGGGGAGAUUGUGUGCGAACCGCCGAACAAUCUGCUGAACAAGUUUGACGGCAACCUGAGCUGGAAGAAUCAGCGCUACCCGCUGGACAACGACAAAAUCCUACUGAGAGGAUGCAUCAUUCGGAAUACCCAAUGGUGCUAUGGAGUGGUGAUCUUCGCCGGCAAGGACACUAAGCUGAUGCAGAACUCGGGGAAAACCACAUUCAAGCGGACCACCAUCGAUAGGCUAUUGAAUUUUAUAAUAAUAGGGAUAGUGUUCUUUCUUCUGUCCAUCUGUGGAUUUUGCACGAUAGCGUCCGCGAUAUGGGAAGCGAUCGUGGGCUAUAAAUUUCAAAUUUAUCUGCCAUGGGAAAAUAUAAUUCCGAAGGAUUACCUACAGGGUGCAACCAUCAUCGGAUGUCUAGUCUUUUUUUCCUAUGCAAUAGUACUGAAUACAGUGGUGCCAAUUUCGUUAUAUGUUUCAGUAGAGGUAAUACGUUUCGCGCAAUCAUUCCUGAUCAACUGGGACGAGAAGAUGUACUAUGAGAAGUCGAAAACGCACGCUAAAGCGCGAACGACAACCUUGAACGAGGAGCUCGGUCAAAUCCAGUACAUAUUCUCCGACAAGACGGGAACACUUACGCAGAACAUUAUGACGUUCAACAAGUGCAGCAUAGCUGGACGGGCAUACGGAGAUGUGAUAGAUCUGAGGACCGGCGAGACUGUCGAGGUAUCCGAGCCUACAUACAACAGUACCACAUCGCUUUUACCAAACGCCGAUGAAUCACCCGGUCGCAGCACACCUCAACCAUGCUCAGCCUAUACCAUCAACACGAACACCAACUCUCCCACCACUACCACCGCUAGUAUAACAACGCUCAAAACUGCAACAAACUACGACUAUCAGUCCACACAGCCGCCACCAGAACAGUCAGUCAGUCUCACCGCAAACAAUAGCAAAGAACUCAGUAAUACCACAACCGCAACUACCACUAGGAAGCAUUCAGCGUCACUUCAUGUUAGAUUCAGCCAGUACAGUAAUUGCCACGAGAGGAACCCGACGUCCGUCCUCGCGAAAACUCCCGACAGCAACGCUUCCCGUCACUAUUUUCCUGUGUAUGCAAACCUAACAACCACUACCACAACUCAUCAGAAAGAUACUACCGCGAAGCUAGACAACACUACAACGACCUCCACAACGACGACGAUCUCGACAACCACUGAGCCACCUAGCGGGAGUAAUACGCAAGGAGUGCAUGUCACUGAACCAGUGGAUUUCUCCUUCAAUCCGGAAUACGAGCCAGAUUUCCGAUGGUACGACCAGAGCCUGGUGGAUGCGGUUCGGGCGGACGAGCAACACGCUCACAGUUUCUUUCGUCUACUGGCACUCUGCCAUACGGUAAUGCCAGAGGAAAAAAAUGGAAGAUUGGAGUACCAGGCACAAAGCCCCGACGAAGCGGCCCUCGUUUCGGCGGCCAGAAAUUUUGGGUUUGUUUUCAGAUCGAGAGCACCUAAUAGUAUAACCAUCGAAGUGAUGGGUCGAACGGAGGAAUAUGAACUGUUAAGUAUUUUAGAUUUUAAUAAUGUUAGGAAGCGGAUGUCGGUGAUAUUACGGCGGAAUGACAGCAUAAUAUUAUACUGCAAAGGUGCCGAUAGUGUGAUAUAUGAUAGGUUAGGAACUAAUCAGCAGAGCAUGAAGACGAGAACUCAGGAGCAUUUGAACAAAUUCGCCGGCGAAGGCCUCCGAACGCUAGUGUUGGCUGAGCGGCGAUUGACGAAAGAGUUUUUCGACGCGUGGUUGAUGCGACAAAGAGAAGCUGCCCUAUCGCUGGACGGUAGAGAAGACAAAUUAGGUGCAAUCUAUGACGAAAUCGAGUGUGAUAUGCAGCUCAUCGGGGUAACUGCAAUAGAGGACAAACUCCAGGACGGAGUGCCACAGACGAUCGCGAAUCUACAAAUGGCGGGAAUCAAAAUCUGGGUGCUGACGGGGGAUAAACAAGAAACGGCAAUCAACAUCGGAUACUCAUGCCAACUGCUGACGGACGACAUGGUUGACGUGUUCAUAAUUGACGGUCUUUCACAACUGGAAGUCGAGCAACAGCUACGACGAUACAUGGAAUCCCUGCGUAUUGUGAAUACCUACCAUCCAACAACUCUGCCGAAAGCAACCCUUAACCAAACUAGCGGACUGACGGGCACAACAACGGCCAAUGGCGGUAACCGGGGGAGUACAGGGUCAAUGAUCGAAAUCCAGAGCUCGUCACCUCCGUCGGUAUCGGUGGUGACCUUUAGGUGGGAUAAUAGACAUAAAUAUACAAGUAUAGGAGGAAGCGAGGAGGCGCCGGACAGCGUUAACUGUAGCAACAAUACAGACGGGCUGGGCAAGGCCGAUUCGUCGCUGGUCGACAUCGACGACAGUGCCGGGGUCGCUCUGGUCAUCAACGGCCACUCGUUGGUACACUGCCUGACGAGCGAACUGGAAUCAAAGUUCCUAGAGAUCGCUUCGCACUGUAAAGCGGUGAUCUGUUGCCGGGUCACUCCGCUGCAGAAGGCAAUGGUAGUCGAGUUAAUCAAGCGGUCCAAGAACGCAGUUACGCUGGCCAUCGGGGACGGAGCCAAUGAUGUUUCGAUGAUAAAAGCUGCUCACAUUGGGGUUGGUAUCUCGGGCCAGGAAGGUAUGCAAGCGGUAUUAGCUAGCGAUUACUCGAUAGCCCAGUUCAAAUUCCUUGAAAGACUGCUACUGGUGCACGGGCGCUGGUCCUACUAUCGAAUGUGUAAAUUUCUUCGCUAUUUUUUCUACAAAAACUUUGCAUUCACUUUGUGCCAUUUUUGGUAUGCAUUUUUCUGCGGCUUUAGUGCUCAAACCGUGUUCGAUCCGAUGUUUAUAUCAGUAUACAAUCUGUUUUACACGUCGCUACCAGUAUUAGCGUUAGGUGUUUUCGAACAGGACGUGUCGGACAAAAAUAGCGUCGAAUAUCCGAAGUUGUACACGCCCGGAAUCACAAAUGCCUUAUUUAAUACAACCGAGUUUAUUCGGAGUGUCCUGCAUGGGAUUUUUAGUUCGCUGAUACUGUUCCUCAUACCUUACGGUACCUAUAAGGACGGGAUUUCCCCCGAUGGAUACGUGCUUAACGACCACAUGCUGCUGGGAUCUGUGGUAGCCACAAUCCUGAUAUUAGACAAUACGGCCCAGAUCGCUCUGGACACCUCGUACUGGACAGUGUUCAACCACAUCAUGAUCUGGGGCAGCUUGCUGUGGUACUUUUUUCUAGACUACUUCUACAACUACGUUAUCGGUGGGCCUUACGUGGGCUCGCUGACGCAAGCUAUGAAGGAGGCCACCUUCUGGUUCACAACAGUAUUGACGGUUAUCGUGCUCAUGGUGCCGGUGCUCGCCUCGCGGUUCUACUUUGUCGAUGUGUUCCCCAGUUUGUCGGACAAGAUCCGUGUCAAGCAACGAUUAGCUCAACUUCGCUCAAGACAAAGCAGUGAUGUUCUGCGGACUCCAUCGGCACGACGAGCGAGGAGAUCACUACGCUCGGGUUAUGCGUUCGCACAUCAGGAAGGUUUCGGUCGUCUCAUCACGUCCGGUAAAAUUAUGCGCAAGUUGCCACAAGACUUUGCCUUCCCGCUGGGACUUGGUAGCAAAAAACAGCAACAGGCGACCAUGGUAACCGACGGUGGUGGUGCCGGAGGAGGUGCUGCAGCGAUAGCAACUAAUAAGACCAACGCGACCAGUAAUGCCAACAGUAAUAUUAAUAACAACAACGCUAACAACGCGAAUAACAAUGCCAGUGGAAACCUUGCAAUCAACGGUAACCAAAUAACGACUCUGCCCGGAAGUUCCAACAGCGACCACAGUCCGCGGGCACCUUGUCAGGAUCUGGAUACGAUCAAUCUGUAGAUGAGCAAUGCAAGUAAGUCCCGGGGUCCCGAACCAACCUUCGGAAGUAAUUUCUGUGUUUCUAUUUAUUUUAUGUUCACUGUCGCUGAUGAUGAUGUUAGAUCGAUAUUUAUACAGCUUAUUUCGAUCAAUACUUCCAAAUGUUGUCUAAAAUUUUAUCCAGUAGUGAGCCUAAUGAUCGGAUGCAAAUAUUCGGAUGAGAUUACAAUUUUUAAGUACCAUCUUAAAGCCAAAAGACCUAAUUUACUAAUUUUGCUAAGAACUCAAUGUUUCUAUCGAAUCCGAAUUUCGGCCUUUGAUCAUCUAGCUCACACAAACGAACGAAAUCAAACACAAUUUCGGAAAAAGGAUGGACUAAAACAAUCGUAAUUCGUACCACUGUUGUCAUGUCAUAUCGUUUCUCUUAACAACUGUUAGCAAAUAGUUUUUAAACUGUAUUAUUGACAAACGAAAACCUUUACAACAAGAAGUAUAUUUUAAACGGGUUGGAAUCGAACAACUACACUGAGGAUACCGCCGUAAACCACAGAUGAUGGGGCGGUCGUCGGAGGCGUAACAAAACAAUACCGUGUGUAUUUUAGUGUGUAAGAAAAUUUUGCCUUCAUCAUUCGAAAGUCUCUCUUGAUAUACAUGUAAGCUACUGCAAUGUCAUGUUAACAACAGGCAAACAAAACUAACAAACUAUUAAGGACAAGACAAACAAGUAUGGGAAGUAACAAUAAUAGUUUAUAAAAGAGUCAUACACACGUAAAUUGAUACAUUUAGUAGUACCAAUUCUCAUCUACUACGUCGCGAAAAAAAAGGGAUUUAAACUUGUAACAUAACUUACAAACUUAACACUGACAAAGUAUGGUUAUCGUUAAAGAAAACACACCUUGUGAUCACACCAUGUAAAUGUUACGGUUCGAUGUACAUAUGUUUACGAUGAAGGCAGACAUUGGAAAAUAACACUCUAACCAUUGGAAAUAUGUCUUGAACCCUUAAGGGAAGAGCGUCGGUCAGAAGUAAAUUCAAUUAUAUUUAUGAAAAGAGAUGUGUCAGCUAGAUGGAAAUUUACCUUGGGCAGUCGACAAACCGUCUUUUGUUCAGCAUUAACAAGAAAGAAUACGCUUUAAUUUUGGGAACAAAUCAAUUACAAAGGAUAUGAGCAGGAUUUAAUCAGGGCGUAGAAGAAAACUCUAAAAAGAGACAAAAGAAAACAAAGUUGCCUUCUUGAUUUAAUCAAUCGUUACCAUCUUUUUAGCUGUAUUUAGUUUCGCAAGUGGCUAAGCUUAUUUCAACAGUAGCGGUAGUUACCAACAUAAGCAAAGAUGUAUAGAUGUAUUUUUGAACAGAAUGUAUUUAUAGUUUUAGCCUGAAAGAGAUCAAGUGACUAAGAUAAGUAUUGUUUUAUAUGGUAGGUUUUAUUUCGCGCUGUUUUUUUUGUUCGCUGCGAAUGUUACGUUCUAUUUGCUCCAUUUUGCUAGCUAACAGUUCGACGAAUAGGCUAACACAUUGUGGCGAUCAAUCACGGUUGGAAGCAAACAAUUCUUGAAGUCGGAUUCAAAUAAUCGGAAAUGAAACCAAAACUAAUUUUGCAUUCCUAUGAAAUGAAAGUGAUAAAAAAUACUGUAUGAGACGGAGAGUACGAGUUAAAAUAAAAUUCAAAUUGAGA